AUGGCAGCUACAAACGAAUCCGACAUCGCGACAAAUGGGUCCAACGGGGAAUACAAGGUCAUCCCCCUAGAACCCGUAGACCAAUGGACACCGAUCGACAAGAUCCGCACAUUCGUCUUCCUAGUCGUCCAUGAGAUCCUCGACGGAGAAGCAAUGCGUGCCGCGCUAGAUCGACUCAUCAGAAACCACCUACCAAUUCUCGGAGCUCGCCUCGAUGUUUCCAAAAAUAAGGAUCUGGCGUAUCGCCUACCGAAAACCUUUCCACUCGACUAUCGUCUGUUUCAGUGGUCAACUCGCACUGUUGAAUCUUCGCUCGCGAAGGCCCAGUUGCUGCCCGACGUGUCACAGGGAGAUUGUGAUAUCUUGCACGGGCCAUGCUCUAUCCCAGAACUGGAAGGAGUAUGGACACCCUCCACAUGGCCUACAGAGUGGAAAUUUGAGGGUCCCGAUAUGCCGUUUCUUCUCGUGCAUGUCACUAAAUUUGCGGACGCCACUGUUGUUGCGCUGAAUAUACCACAUUCGGUCACCGAUCAGAUGGGCGUUGGGAGUCUGAUCACUGCUUGGAUGCAGGUUGUCAAGGGUGAGACACCGGCUGAGUUUCUUCAGCUGGAGCCUGGCGCUUUGGAUGGUCUGAAGAACCCUUCGGAGGAACUGUUGCGGAAGAAAAAUGAUUUCCGCGUAAUGCGUAAAUCGGAGAGAUUCAAGGCAUUACUGAACCACGUGCCAGAGCUCAUCCUCUACCCAAAGGAGACUCUGAAAGCAAAGUACGGAGAAGAGACCCCACCAUUGACAAGCGGCGAUAUCAUAACUGCAAUUUUGGUGAAAUUAGCUUUUCUUGGACGGAAAAGUUCCAGAAUUGUGGCCAUCUCCUCGGCUGUGAAUUGCCGUGGAAGACACCCUGCACUUCCUGCCGACAAGCCGUACCUUCACAACGCGGGAAUCUACUCUGUUUUUCACAUGCCUAAUCCGGAUCAAGUACCCCUCGCAGAGCUGGCGUACAAGCACCGUCUUGCGGUGAUCGAAGCACUGCGGUUGGAGAAUAUUGAGAGGAGCUUGGCAGCCAGGAAGGAGAUUUUUAAACCGAGGCAGUCGCACCAUAUCGUUGAGGCGGAUCAAUUGAGCUAUUCAUGUACCAAUUGGUGUGGUGCGUGGCGCAAUAUCGACUUCGCUCCAGCCGUGGUAUCGAAGGAGGAUGCUGAUGGAUGUGUUACGGCUGCUCCUCUUGUUCUGGGACACUCGCUACAGCGCAGUUUUCCAACGAGAUACAAUGCACAGAUUAUGUGCAAGGCAAAUGGUGGGUUCUGGUGUGAUUUCACCACUUCCACCAAGAGAUAUCCUUUGGUGGAGAAACUUCUCAAGGCAGAUCCUCAGCUGGUCAAUUUUUGA